UUGGUAUUUGUCGACCCUUCCCACUCUAACGACGCCCCCAUUCACUACUGUAUUUACGCUGUGGAUUCCAACCUGCGACAGCUACUUCUUUUCAAAUCCCCAUUGACAAUAGGGAUUCUGGUAAGCCACACAAUAUUACUUUGUGGGGUUUGCGAGACAGCUGUACCCCGCUUGUCGCUGGGUCUCUUAUUGUGGCUCCGCGUCUUAUUGUCGCAGCCAACAAUCACCACCCCGUCUUUUACUAUUAUUCUCCUUCACGCUCGCAUCUUCAACGGUAGCAAUCCCUCGACCAAUUAUCGGCGCUACAACUCGAUCUGCAGACGCGCUCCUGCUGCCGGGGUUAUAUAUAUACGCACGGCAGAGGCUGAUCUCCCCCCGUUUCCCUGCCUUGCCUGGUUGACCAACCUCAACAUCUCCACCAAUCUACCCGCCGCCUCCCUCAAACAAAACUGGUUAUAUUACAAGAUCGACCGUGAGUAGCUGUUGGGUCAAACCCGAUACCUACACACCCAUCCCUCCCAUUACACCUCCUGUGCGCUUGAUCUCGUUACGAAGCUGUGCGUUGUAUUACCGCUGUCUUCGACACUGCUAUUGCAACCGCGCCUUCUCCACGAGCGCCUUCCCCACCUUCCUCUUACUACCGUUCGUUGGCAGCUCGAUCUCUGACGUGCUUCAAGGACCCUGUUGACGUUGUUGUCUGCCCUGCGACAUUGAUGUCCUGAUCGCCUCUUCGAGCAGCACCCCUCACCGUUCAGCCAGGUGCGUUUCUUUCACCGUAUUCAACACAUGAGCAUACCUUGACACAUUUAGAUAUCUGAGCGAAGCUACAAACAAUCAUCGACUGCAACAGCUUGACGUCGCCAUACGCUAUGGAUAACAAUUACAGCCGGCCGACCAAGGUUGACGAGCUUGAUGAGAGCCAAGCCCACGGUCGCCACGGUCUGAAAGCCGUCCCACAAGCUGUUCGCCGAGGUCUUAGUAAAUUGCACCUGCAGCGCGAGGGACGUGGUAGCAGCUACGAGUCCUAUCAGCUAAUCGCCGGCCCUGAGUAUAUUCACUCCACCGAGAACCUUCGGCCAUCUGAUCCGGAUGCCUCCCGUGCUGUUGACGCGACGAAUCGCCAGGGUGAUAAUGUGGUCAUCUGCAUUAUGAAUCACGAAAUUCCUGAAGGACCAGCCUCUCCUCUUGAAGGCAUGCCUUUCACGAGUGAGACUCGUAAAAUUCUGUAUCCCUCGCGUGGCAGCUCGUCUCGUAAGGAAGACACCAAGGACGAUAGCGACUCAGAUUACCAGGACCAACCCAAGAAGCGGAAGAUUAACAAGAACGGUGAGCCACGCAAGGUUCGCAAGCCUCGUGCUUUCCUCCGCCAGUGGAACGAGAACGACGUGACGAGGGCGCUGAUGGGCAUCGUCUGGGCAGCGGGCGAGAACAAUAUCCGGCUUCCCUUCGACCAAGCAGCUCAGGUAGUUGGUGAGGGAUGCACGGCUAGUGCAUUGCAACAGGCUAUCCUGAAGAUCCACACUCGGAUCAACGAGGAGGGAGCGCAGAUUCCUAAGAUCAAGAUGAGCUGGCCUAGUAAAGCAUCCAACACGUCUGACUCCAACACCAAUGGAGCUGGAAGUGACUCAAACAGCAUUGGUCGUCCUCAUCGUUCUGCGACUAGCCCCAAGUCGAAUCAAACACUUAUGGUCACUUUAAAGGGUGCUUACAAGCCUGCAGCUCUUCACUCGUCUGGGCCUUCAAGUGCUGAUGACAUGCCUACAUACACUGAAGUUGGCCAUCCUGCCAUCAAUUCAGACCUUGCGUUCGCCACAUCUGUGGCCACAUCGUCUGCUCAUAACCAGGAAGCAUCGGUACCUUCCACUCCAGGACCCGUAGGUAUGCUGCUAGCUAAUGGCAUGAUCACGCCAGACACUUCGAGCAUGCCGCCAGCAUACUUGGGCAACAUGGCGGCACCACCCCCACCUAUGAUGCUGUCAGGCCUUGCUAAUGGCCUUGCUACACCACCAUCCACGAAUGCUCGUAGGCCACUUACUAUUAAUACUGGUGUCACUCAUCCCGGCUCAUCCGAUAUGGUGAUGACCACUCCAACUCCUACUCACACCGGCUUUGGUGACAACAAUGGGCAUGACUACCUCAUGGAGGGUGUCAGUGGGGACAUUCCUGGAACCCCCGCCAGCGGGGCUGGCUUCGGAGACAACCUGUUCGAUACCAUGCUGUACAAUGAGUGGGUUUCUCAAAACGGGAUUCAGCGCGAGAUGCACGGCAACACGCAGAAUUAUAUGCCUAACGACUUUCUCGGCAAUAACGAUGUCAACGCGCCCGGAAUCCUCCUCCCGGGAGAUCAGGCCUUCCCCUCAGUUCACGCCCAGAAUUAUUUCAUGGGUAUGUAUCCUUCUGCCUUCAACAUGGGUACCGGCCAUGACCAUCCCUUUGAGCUUGGUCCCUCGAUGUUCCCCAAUCAAGUUCGCGACAACCAUCAUCAGCCUCUGAUGGGCGUCUACAAUGGUUUCCAGGGCCUUAUCCCGAACACGUCCUUCACCCAACAACAUCAGCCGAUCAAGGAGGAAGUCGACGAUGAUGACCAUGAGGGUAAUAACAACAUCAUUCCCAGCACCGAGUUCGACAAUAGCGCCUUAUCUGGUCGUCGUGGUCCAUUCUGAACUAGCUACUCAUCACUCUGGAUUGACCCCAAGUGACUGGCGGCUGAUUCCACCAAUCCUCUACACUCAACUAUCGGGCACAUCAUCAGGUCAUCACGGUACCAUAUCCAUCUGUAUUUAUUCCCAAAUUCCUUACUGCAUCUAUAAAUCCCUCUUUCAUGCACCAAUUGGGCUGCUUGUGGAAGAUAUUCUUCUUCCAAUCCCUAUUCCCCGAACGGCAUCCUCACGAUAAGAAUCUUACUUGCCUGUGUGGAACAUUGUGCUUGGAUAUCUAGAGAUUAUUGGUCCUUCUAUACCCCAGUCUGCCGCUGCUUACUGACCAUAUCUUUUGGUUGGUAUAUGCCGACCAGUCUUAUCACUCACCAUGGGAUUCUCUGGAUAUUUUGCGAUGGACUCUUGGU